AUGACAUUUCACUGACGUCAAGUGUCGUCUGUCAACUAUAAAAGUAAAAAUUGACACAUCUCUAGUAAACAAAACUAUCAGAAAACCGACGAAAUAUCCGGCACGAGCUUUUUUAAAUAAUAUUAUCUAUCUAUUUAUAUUUUUGAUAAAAUCCAAGCAAUCUGCUGAAAUUCACUUAAGAUUUUUAGACAGUUAUUAAAAAUGAACUUCGCGGGAAAAGUAGUUAUUGUUACGGGCGCGAGUUCUGGUAUUGGCGCCGCAACAGCUGUAUUUUUAUCAAAACUUGGUGCAAAAUUAUCUCUAAUUGGAAGAAACGUGGAAAAUCUUCAAAAGAUCAACAAAGAUUGUGCUAAAUCUACAUCAACAUUAGUUGUACCCGCCGAUUUGACGAAAGAAAAUGACAUUGAGAAAAUAGUGAAGAACACAGUAGACCAUUAUGGUCAAAUCGAUGUACUUAUUAAUAAUGCCGGUAUAAUUGAAACUGGUACUAUUGAAAAUACUUCUCUGGCUCAAUAUGAUCGACUCAUGAAUACCAAUGUCCGUUCCAUUUACUACCUGACGAUGUUGGCCGUGCCAUAUAUUAUUAAAACUAAGGGCAAUAUAGUUAAUGUCUCAAGUGUAAAUGGUAUCCGGUCCUUUCCGGGCGUGCUGGCCUACAAUGUAUCAAAGGCAUCGGUGGAUCAAUUCACUCGCUGUGUAGCCCUGGAGUUAGCUCCAAAAGGUGUCCGAGUUAACUGUGUUAAUCCUGGUGUGAUUCUUACUGAGCUCCAGAAGCGAGGAGGCUUAAGCGAUGAACAGUAUGCAGCAUUUUUAGAGAGGAGCAAAGAAACACAUGCAUUAGGCCGACCGGGGAAACCUGAUGAGGUUGCUGCCACUAUAGCCUUUCUAGCCAGCGAUUUAGCAAGUAAUAUAACAGGAGCCAGUCUUCCAGUCGAUGGUGGCCGUCACGCAAUGUGUCCUCGUUAAAACUGCCAAAUAUCGGCAGCUUUUCUGCUAUACGUUAAAGUCAUAAAAUGCUUUUAUUUUUGCAACAAAUAGCAUUUAAGUGUAAUAUUAUACAUGGGCCUUAUACAAUUGUUAUUUUUGAAUAAAGAAUUUAAAAUAGUCA